GCAGCUGAUUGCGCAGGGCUUCAGUUGCGCCUAAGCCUGUUAGGGCCAGGGUCCGGGCCAGGCGACAGGAAGGGCCGGGCUUUUCCAGUAAAUGAUCUAGAGCUGCUUGUGUAGCUGAUUGAGCAGGACGUCUUCGGGAGAAGGAGAACUGCACCAAAGAUCCUGCGCGCUCCAAUCAACCAAAGAUGAUCGGGCCAGAAGAUCAGGUGCCGAAACCUCCUGAGGAACGGCGGGACGGGAGGAAAGCAGAUGCAUUCAACAAUGCUUCUCCAAUUUCGGUUGUCUUGGGGUACUGGAAAGAAUUUGACCUGGAGAAUGCACGGGGCAAACUGGACGAGCAAGGCCUGCGGAUUGCAGAGCACCAGGAGCAGAGUAUGACAAACAGGAGGAAGUUGGCAGAAUCCACAAGGGAUUUCAAGAAGGCCGAUACCGAGGAGAAAGUUAAGCUGUUUGGGCCCCUCUUGAAGGCCUAUCAGGAGGAGGUGGACAACCUGACGAAGCGGGCCAAGUUUGGAGAGAAUGCGUUCCUCAAUGUCUACCAGAAGCUGUAUGAAGCACCAGACCCUGUUUCGUGCUUGGCAUCAGCUUCGGAGACCGCGGCGCGCGUCGCAGAACUAGAGGCGGAGAACCGGCGAUUCCGUCAGGAGCUGGAGGAGUACCGAGCAGAGGCGUCCAAUCUCAAGAACCAGCAGGUGACGGUACGGCGGCUGGAGGAGCGCAACCGGCAGCUGGAGCAGCAGAUGGAGGAAAAAGUGCGCGAGAUUGUUGAGAUGAAGCAACGGUCCCUCGCGGAAGAAAAUCAGAAGAGCCUCGAGGUCCUCAAGUCCAGGGAAGACCAUCUGCAAGAGCAGCUGCGCACGGCACGCGACACGUUGAGCAACAUGCAGAAGCUGCACGAGUACGGGCAGAGCCAGCUGUUCGAGCUGCGGACGCAGUCGGAGGAGGAGCGCGCCGUGCGCCACUCGGAGCUGACGCUGCUCACGGACGAAGUGGAGCGGGCGCAGGCGCGGCUGAUGCAGCUGGAGAAAGAGAAGGAGGACCUGCGGGGCCAGGUUCAAGCGUCCAACGAGGGCGGGGGUGUCCGGACGUCCGACCCGUAUGACGACAGCCACCUGGAGGCGGCGCUGCUGGCGAAGGAGAAAGUGAUCAGCGAACUGCACGCGGAGCUGCACAAACUAGAGACGGCACUUGCGGGGGAGAAGGAGGAGCGGCUGGCGGAGAUUAAGAAGCUGCACGUGGCACUCGACGAGAAGGUUUCUGAAGUUGAGAGCCUCAAAGCCGAGCUUCUCCAGCGGCCGACUUCGAAGCAGGUGGAUGAUCUGCGCAAGCAGGUGAAGAUCCUGCAGGCGGUGGGGUACAACUCGGUGGAGGCGGAGGACUGGGAGAUUGCGACACGUGGCGACGACAUCGGCAAGCUGGAGACGCUGCUGCUGGACAAGAACCGGCGGCUCGAGCACGAGCUGACGCAAGCAAAGGUGCAACUGUCAGAGCGGAGUGCGGAGGCUGAGAAAGCCCUCCAAAAAGUAAAGGAGCUAUCGGCCAAGAUCGAGGAGCAACGGGACCUCAUCGUGCGGCUGGAAGAGGACAUACAAAAGGGCUUCUCAGCGGAGCGGCGGUCGAGCAGGGAGGAGCCGUGGGGAGAGCCGGCGCAGGAGCGAGGCGUGACGGCUCUGCUUCAGGCCGGCAAAAGCGAGGGCGAAGACCACAGCAUGCUGGCUGUUAUCGCGGGCCAGCGCGACCGGUUCAAGCAGCGCAUGAACCAGCUGGACGAGGAGCUGCGGACGGCCAAAGACCGUAUCCGGACGCUGACGGUGGACCUGGAGCGGAUCAAGGCGGACAACGUGGCGCUGUACGAGAAGAUGCGCUUCGUGCAGGACUAUCAGAAGGGGGACGUCACCGCACGGGGCAAUCGGAAGGGCGCGGUGGACUUGGAAGCCGGUGCUGACGUGGAGGGCCGCUACAAGAAGCUGUACGAGGAGAAUAUCGACCCCUUCAAGGAGUUCUCUCGAAAGGAACGAGAUCAGCGCUACAAAGAGCUAGGGCUGCGGGACAAGAUUGCGCUCACAAGUGGUCGUUUCCUUAUGGCCAACAAAUUUGCCCGGACGUUCGUCUUCUUCUACUCGGUUGCGCUGCACCUGCUGGUCUGGUUCACCAUGUACCGGCUCAGUAUGCAGAACGUGGAGCACAUCAAGGACUGCAACAACGCAGCGCAGAUUGCGUUUGAGACGCGCGGUCAAGGGACCAACCUUUUGUAAAUGUGCAUGAAGUCAAGACUGCCAUUGAAUAUGUGUCUGUAAAUUGUCGGUCUUUCUGGUUUGCAUUGACAAAUUGCGGUCAUCGUAACGAUUAUCCACCUGUAUCAUCCUGCAACCAUUGUCGGCUUCAUUGAUUGCAUAAGAGGGUUCCAGCUUGCUUUGCCACUUGUCGGCCUGGUCCUUGUUACACUUGUGCAAGGCCACCUUAGUGAAAGGAUGUUCUGAUUGCUGUCUAAAGCGCUUUUUCAACAGAUUCGUGGGAUGAGGCAAUAGAAAGUUCGUGGGAUAAUGCACAUGCAAUUGCUGCCGCUAUCAG